CUGGUGCUAAACAGCUUCCAGGCAUUUAUAGACCAUUGCUGUUGGAGAAAAUAUUAUGCGGCGAAAUACCACCUUGGAAAUACGCAAGCAUUCGCCUGUCGCACCUGUGAGCUUAUUUUUUAUUCACACGCUGACUAUGCUGCCCAUCGAUGCCCUAACGCUAAACCCUGUGAAUUGAAGGAAUUUUGGCAACCUGAGGAUAUACUUCCCAUAACAUACCCAAUUCACCAUCGCUUCUAUAUUGAUUGGACACGAAGAGUUGAAAGGGAGAACACUCCGCAUGACCCAGAUUAUCAUUUCACAUGUCGUUGUUGCAAAUGCAAUAAUCGGUUUAAAACAAAAGUUGAAUUUUUGAUUCAUAGCUGUUGUAUGUUUGCUCUCCUAAAGCCUGCGAGUCUUCGACGCCUUAGAACUUGUUUACACUGUAAGUACGUUUUUCUCAAUGAGUUUCAAUACAAAAAACACGUAAAAUACUGUAACUCGAAGAAGGCGUUUUGUGUUGCCUUUGCACUCACUACUGCGGAGAUUGGUUGUCUGCUAUUUGUGACCGGGAGACACUGUUUCGAUUUUGAUCACCAUCUCCACCACGAAACGUGCCUUACAACACCCAAUUUAGGCGAGCCCCCGGGGACCCUUGUGCGGCAGCCUGAACCAACACCUCCCGGUCCUGUGGUAGAGGCCUGCUGCGCGGAAUGCGGUUUCAUGCAACCGAACUUGAUUGAGUUCCUCUACCAUCCAUGUGUGGCUGGAAAAAGAAUCACUCCAAUGAAUUUAGAACUAGUGCUCUACUGUUGCGAAUGUCAGUGUCUAUUUCCUGAUAUUUUUGAGUGCAUUGAUCACUUCAAAUCCUGUUCCUCAAUGAAAUUCAUUUUUGUAAGACUCAAUACACCUGAACUUCUACGUGUCGCCCUAAGACGUUGGUGCAUUGAAAUGACUGAAAAUGCCUACCUCCCGGCACGUCAAGUCAAGUUCAGGUGUGGCGAAUGCGAAGAGAUAUAUGGCAAAUUCAUUUCCUUUUUGGAGCAUCCUUGCCCAAAGCGAGAGAGAUACGAGCAACUUUUCAUACAGCCGCUAGGUGUUUUGGAAACUUACACGUGUGAGGCAUGCCAUAUUGUGGUGUUCUCAGUGUCGGAAUCCUUUGAACACUCUAGACUAUGCAAACGUGGCUGUUAUCCACAUAUGAUCCAGAUUCAUUACAGCAUGGACGAAGUGGUUGCCGCCCUGAAACCCUGGAUGAGCUGCCCCCAGUUUCUGGAAUUCAACGUAGCCAUAGGUAUCGGCGAAGAAAAAGAUGAAUUGGAGAUGCAGGAGCGUGAAAUAAGAGAUGCAUGCAGACUGCCCCAUCAUGAUGUGAUGGAACGAUUUCACAAUCCAGACGAAAGACCCUCAAAACGGUUAGAAAGAUGGAUAAGUAAUUAUUUGGGAAAACCACGUCAAGCACAGGAAGUCUCUAGUGGCUGUGUCAUGCUCCCCACAUGGCCAAAAUACAACACCAAGGUGUGCACAAUGCCACGUCUUUGA